AUGAAGUUCAACGCUCUCAACAUCGCCAGCGCGGCUUUGCUGGCCACCCGCGCCCAGUGCGCCAUCGUCUGGGAUGGCCGCUUCAACGACAUGACCACCUCUUCCGAUCUCGACAAGUGGUCUUGGAGCAACCAGGUCGGCGCCUACCAGUACUACAUCCACGGUUCCGGCAAGACCACCGAGUACGUCAACCUGUCCGAGGACUUCAAGAACCCCGCCGAUACCGCCUCCAAGCAGGGUGCCAAGAUCUCCCUGACGAGCACCUCUUUCUGGAACGGCCAGACGAUGCGCCGUACCGAGCUCAUUCCCCAGACCAAGGAGGCCAUCGGCUCCGGCAAGAAGUACUACCACUUCAGCAUCAAGCGCAGCGACACCAACGCCCCUUCCCUGAACAAGGAGCACCAGAUCGCCUUCUUCGAGAGCCACUUCGUCGAGCUCAAGUCCGGCUGGCAGUCCGGCGCCACCGGCACCGAGGACCCCCUCCUCCGCUGGGUCGUCGGCGGCAAGACCGAGUGGAGCGUCAACUGGGACGCUGACGUCUGGCACAACGUCGCCUACGAGAUCGACUUCGACGGCGGCUCCGUCGGUUUCUGGCACUCCACCGGCUCCGAGGCCCUGAAGCAGGUCGUCGCCCCCGUCACCGCCUCCGCCUCCAGCAACGGUGCUGACUGGCACGUCGGUGUCCUCGAGCUCCCCCGUGACGGCUACCCCGAUGAGACCGAGGACUUCUACUUCUCCGGCGUCUACAUCGAGGACGGCGAGAUCACCACCGCCGUCGGCUCCGGCUCCGCUGACUCUGGCUCUUCUGCCCCCGUCUCCUCCGCUGCCCCGGCUGCCUCCUCUGCCCCUGCUGCCACCUCCUCUGCUCCCGCCGCCGCUGCUCCCACCACCAGCGCCGCUCCCGUCUCCUCUGCUGCCCCCGUCCAGUCUGAGGCCGCCUCUUCCGCCCCCGUCGCCACUCCCGUCUCCUCCGCUGCCCCCGUUGUCUCCGAGGAGCCCUCUGCUCCCGCUGCCACCACCCCGGCUGCUGCCACCACCAGCUCUGCCCCGGUCGCUUCGGCCACAGCCAAGCCCACCAAGACUUGCCGUCGCCGCCGCCGCCGCAACAACCAGCAGCGCAAGUAA